AAUAUGAAUGAAAAAACAAGUAUCACCCUUUUCGGACUCACUGGGCAUGGAAAGUCCUCUAUUGCUAAUAUGCUGAUUAAAGUUUAUGACACGGUUGGAGUAGGUGAACCAAGUACUGGAACUGUUCCGUAUAAGGAAGCUGUCAAAAAAAUAAGAAAUUAUUUUUCUAAAUGUGAGACGUCACUCAACUAUAUAGCUUUCGUUAAAAAGAAAGGUAGAUUUACUGAAGAAGAUCGUAAAAUGUUUAAUUUAUUUAAAGAGAUAUUCGAAGGGAGUGAGAAUAAUUUCAUCAUCAUUAUCACUCAUAGUGGUCAGAAAUGGGUCGACGAAAACAAAGGAAAAUUAAAUCCUCCUGAAGAUGAUGAUUAUAAUCCUUGCGAACUAUCUGGACAUGUAAAGUCAUCAAUUGCUAAUAUGUUGAUUCAUGGUGACAUUUGUCAUAAAGGCAGUGCGUUCUUAGUUCAUAAUUCGCCUUAUGGUGCGAGUUAUACGCUAAAUUUUAAUGAAAAUGAUGAUUUCAUGGCAUACGAUACGAUUGGA